AAGCACCACCACAACAAUGUAUGGAGACAUCGCCAACAAGCUCAUUCUUGAGGCUAAGCGGUCUGUUAAUCUUUCUGAAGUUCCAUUAUACCAAACUGAAUUAGUUAAAGACAUAAUCAAGGAGAUCAACGAUCUAAAUAGAGAUGCUGACUACUUGACGGAAGAACAACAACUAUUACAGCAGGAAAGUCAAGAUGGUACCGAAGAGGAAUCCAAGAUUAAUCAAUGUCAGUUAUUUGUUACCAUAUUAUCCAUGAGACGUAAUAAACGAUGUUUAUUGGCGUAUGAGAAAUUACGUGCUGAUAAAUUAGUCGAGUUUUCAUGGUUGAAUGUGGAUCCUAUAGUAGAAGGUAAUGACAAGCAACCUACUAGUGUUCCUGUGGAUCCAAUAUAUACAAACUAUACCACACAAGUAGCAUUAGAUAACUUGAACCAUGCUGAACAAGAAUUUCUCAAGAAUUAUCAGGAAUUGUUGUUAUCUUAUAAGUCGAGUUUUUCUGAUGUUGAUUUACUGGGAGAUUUGAAUCCACCUACCAACAUAUUCAUUGAUGUUCGAGUACUCAAAGAUGGUGGUGAAGUUCAGACUGAAUACGGUUCGUUCAACCUUAUAAAGGACUCGCAAUUUUAUGUAAGAAAGUCUGAUGUUGAGAGGCUAAUACAACAGGGGUAUUUGGAAGAAAUAUAGAACAUAUACAUUUAAUACACACUAGAAUAAAUCAUCAACAUCAUUCUCUAAUUUGUCAAUGACAUUAUCUAUUGAAUCCUGUGGUUUUAUUUCUGGGAUAAUCAUGUCAACAUCUUCAGAAGAGAUCUGCUGUUCUGGUUCCGGUUGUUGUUCUUCCUCUUGAGAUUGUAAUUGUUCUUCCUUUUCUAGUAACUUGUCCAAUUCCUUGACUUCCAUAUUUAGUCUCUUCACUCCUAAUUGAGUGUUUUUUUGUUCAACACUAAUAGGCAAGAUCAUAACCCCGUCUUUGUUCUUGUCGUAUACUCCAAUGUUAUCAUCCAUUAUCUUGACUUCCUUACGUAAAUCAAUCGCCACUUUACUGAGUAUAUCGUAUAUUUGAGAUGUCUGUUGUGGGAACAGAGAUUUUAUAUUGUCCAUGCUUUCAGUGGAGUAUGUUUGGAAUAGCAGCGAGAGGUUGUCUAGGAGGGAGACAACCUUGCAGUCAAUAUCGUAGAGGGCGUCUAGACGUUCUUGGAUGAAUGUAUCUGCUUUUUCGUCUUCUAGUGACAUGUUGUGUUGUAGUAUGUGUGGUAUAAAAGGUGGUUUAUAAUGGGAUGUAGGAAUAGCAAAGGAAGAAACAACCAAAGGU